CUGACAAUCUCUUUUUUUUAUUUUUUUUACAGUGCAUCCUGAUUUCAGACCUUUCUCUCACCGCCAAAUUACAAAUAAUACCGAGGAGAGAGAAAACAUACAAACAACAAACAAACUUUUUCUUCAAUUCAAUAAUAAUCAAUGGCACCUCCUUCUUCUUCUUCCUCUGUCAGCCCUUCUCUUCCUUCUCGUUCACAUCUCUUCACUCCUAUACAAGAAGGAAAUGAGAGUGAAGAAACAGAUGAACGACAUCGUUUUGGAUCAGUUACAACACCAAGUACUAUUACUAGUACUACUACUACUGAUAACACUACUUUCCACCACCACCAACCAACUCCUCUCCACGAGAAAAAACCCACCGGAAAAACUCGCCGAACUCCGGCGAAUUUCUCCGGUGUAUCUUGCAAUGAUUGUCGUCCAUCAACUCGAGAGAAAGCUUCCGUUGUUGUAUUCCCUGUUGAAAAGUACCACCACCACAAUAAUUCUCUCUCCUCCACGUCAUCUCCCACCCCAAACGGCCUCUUCAAGUCUCUCAUCUCCGGCCUAUCUCGCCGGACUACUCCUCGUCCAUCUCCAUCGCCGGCGCCGGAAACUUCGUCGGCGUCGGAAAGAGAAGAGCACUGGAGAAUCGCAGUUUCUGAACUUUCGCACAAACUAGUACAAGCGACAAGAAGAAGAGACGACGCCAUUCUAGAAGCUUCCAAGCUCAAAUACUCCAUGUCCGAGCUCGAGAAGAAACUCAACCGUCUCGAAGUCUACUGCCACAACCUCAAAUCCGGGCUCGAAUCCCUCAGCCCGGCCCGACAGCUCAGUCCUGGCCCGGUACAAGGCCCGCACGAGGGAGUGAUAAGGGAUUUCUUAGUAGCGGUGUCGGAGGCGCGUGGUUCGAUCCGGUACUUGAGCAAAUCUCUCUCAUCUCAGCUGAAGUUGAUGGGUGUGAGAGUGUUCGAGAGGCUGUCGACGGUUUUGAAGUCUUACGAUGUGAAACUCUCGUCGACGACAACGAUGUCGUCGACAUCGUCGUCGAGUAGGAUGAUCCAGUUGUAUCUAGAGGCGUUGUUGAGCGCGGCAUUUUUCGAAGAUUUCGAGUGUUGUGGGUUUGUGAAGAAUUCAGUUGCGCACAUCCUUAACCCAAUCGAUCGAUGUGAGGCGAAUUACUCGGCUUAUGAUGCUUUAAAGGUUUUAGCGUGGGAGGAGGUUUUGAAUAAAGGGACUAAGCAUUUUAGUGAGGAGUUUAGUAGGUUUUGUGAUCGGAAGAUGAGUGAGAUUGUAGCGUUGUUGGGAUGGAAUAGGGCGUGGCCGGAGCAGCUUUUGCAGGCUUUUUUUGGGGCGUCGAAGAGUAUUUGGUUAGUGCAUUUGUUGGCGAAUUCGGUCCACCCGACGUUGACUAUAUUUCGGGUCGAUAAAGCGGCCCGAUUCGACCCGGUUUAUAUGGAGGAUAUGGGUGGGGAUAAGGCUAAAAAGUUGAUACCCACAAUGGUUAGGAUAAUGGUGGCACCAGGGUUUUAUGUUUAUGAUAAUGUGGUUAAGUGCAAGGUCAUUUGUAGGUAUUAUAAUAGUAAUUAUAGUGUUUUUAGUAGUAAUGGUAUGUGAUCGAUUAUCGAUUAUGGAUUAUCGAUUAUGGAUUGUGAUUAUGGGAUUGGAUUAUCUAUGUACUUAUGGUGUAAGGUUUUUUAACCAAAUCCAAAAAAAGAAAAAAAAUAGAUGGAUGAUAAUAAAGUUUGUUUUUGUUGGUA